CCUUGUCUGGCAUAUUGUCGUAAUUACUGACGGAUACGCGCGGUCUAGUUGCGUCCCGCCUCUUUUCUUCCGGAUUUGGGGUGGCGGAGCGCCCUUUCCUACAUGGAGUGAUCGUUCGCGGGGUAACGUACCACACCACAGGCCGAGAUUUGGUCAGCUUUAUCUCCAAUCACAACAUAUUUAAGAUCCAUCUCAGUGCCCAAAUAUAUUAUUUCUACAUCUAAACAAUUUCUUCAAGUCUAAAAUUCAAUCCGUCUCCGAUUUAACAAUUUUCACAGUUUCUAUUCUUUUAACUAGUGGGGUUAGACUCUGUGACCAUGAAGGUCACUCAACUUUACAUCUAUCCAGUCAAAUCCCUGCGCGGAAUUGCAUUGUCGUCCGCGACAGUAGUAGGCACAGGCUUACAAUAUGAUCGCACAUUCAUGUUGCUCCGCGUGGAGGGUGGAGAUAAUGAGCCGAGGAAGCUCAAUAAUAUGCACGUUUCAAGACUGACUGAGAUGGCACUCUUCAAAACAGCCCUCGUGGAAACAAGUGAUGGAGAUGGGGAUAGUCUCGAGGAGUUUACAGUCACGUAUGCUGGCCCAUCGAGCAGUCUGCCGCCUACGACUAUAACAAUACCGUUCGUACCAGAUACGGAAAACUUGGAGAUGGUCGACGUUGUGAUGUAUAACUCGCCUACUCGAGCUUAUGAUAUGGGCGCCGAAUACAACGAUUGGUUUUCAGCUCAGUUCGGCUAUGAGGUUGUACUCGCAUAUAUCGGCACCAUGAGGAGGAAAGUAUUGGGCUCUCUCUGGCCUUCUGCCGCAGAAAGUGCUGUUGCCUCUACAGCCCGUUCAGUUUCACGGUAUCUCUCAUCCUACCUUCCUGCUAGCAUCGUGGCGAAAGGAGAGGAAUGGCGACCUCCAGGUAUAACAUUUGCCGAUAUUGCCAUGUUCCUAGUUGUUACAGAGGAGUCGCUUGCGGAAACGUCAUCGCGACUACCUGAAGGUAUGGAGAUGGAUAUCCGUAAGUUCCGUCCCAACAUUGUCCUCAGUGGAGCUGAGGGUGCCUGGUAUGAAGAUUUAUGGGGACAAAUAAAUAUCGAGAAUAAGGAUGGUGUUGAGGUUGAGCUAGCAUUGACUGCCAACUGUGCACGGUGUGCCAGUAUCAACAUCGACUAUUCGACCGGCAAGCAGGCCCUGGGUGAGAAGGGGACAAUGCUGAAGAAGUUGAUGCCUGACCGCAGGGUGGAUAAGGGCAACAAGUACAGUCCGAUCUUUGGAAGAUACGGAUAUUUGGGAAAGGGAGCUGGCAGCAACGUCAGCAUCGGAGAUGAUGUAAGCGUCGUCAAACGGCUGGAAGAGCCGGCUACUUUCGACUGGAAAACGAAAUAAUGAGACGAUCGACUUGUGGAGCAGGCGUUCAAAAACUGGAAACAUUUUGAGGGUAUUGUAGUAGUUAAUUCGAGGGCAAAGUAUGGUUAUCUCCACUUGCUGUUGCAGUCGAGACACGAGGCUGAGCUAUUUACGUCAGAGUUGGAGGUCGGUUAAUAGAGGCCAAUAACCCUCAUUCUGCUAGAGAAUUGCACUUAUGAUAGACAAUGUGCAGUCAUUAAACGUGUUCGUACUGAGAAAGAUUGUGUAUGGUGAUUAUAUUCCAUAAUUAUACUCUCUUUUGAGGUUGUGUCUCACAAAUUCUAUGCCAUGCAAGUUGUUAGAGCA